AUGGGCUGCGUACACACCAAAACCGUGAAGAAGGCAGGUCGGGUCAUCGUCAAGAAGUAUUACACGCAUCUGGGCAACGACUUCCACACGAACAAGCGACUAUGCAAGGCGGUCGCCAUCAUUCCCAGCAAGAAGCUCCACAACAAGAUAGCAAGCCAUGUCAUGCAUCUCAUGAAGCACAUUCAGAGAUGCCCAGUGAGAGGCAUCUCCAUCAAGCUGCAGGAAGAGGAGCGAGAAAGGAGAGAUGAUUAUGUUCCUGAGGUCUCAGCCCUGGAUCAAGAAAUCAUUGAAAUGGCUCCUGACACUAAGGAAAGGCUGAAGCUUUUGGACGUUGGCAGCCUGUCCAACCUGCAGGUCACGCAGCCUACAGUUGGAAUGAAUUUCAAAACCCCCGUGGAGCCGUUUGGAACUUCCUGCUAUGGCGUACUAUUUUCAAUAAACCUGGGAUAA